UGAAUAGCAAGCGAACUACCUGAAAAUACUUUACCAAAUCUUAAGCUAAUGCUCGUUGUUGAUUGUUGAACUCCAUCAUCUAAUGGCUUCUUCACUGAAAUCUGAAAGGAAAUACCAUGUGUUCUUGAGUUUCAGAGGCGAGGACGUCCGAAAUAACUUCCUCGGUCAUCUCUACAAAGCUCUUGAUCAGAAAGGAAUCUACACUUAUGUUGAUAAUGAGGAGCUUAGGAAAGGAGAACAAAUAGAUCUGGCGCUUAUGAAGGCGAUCGAGGAAUCACAGAUCGCGAUAAUCGUUUUCUCCAAGGAUUAUGCUUCCUCAUGGUGGUGUUUGGAAGAGUUGGUGAAAAUCAUUGACUGUAAGAAAGAAAGAGAUCUCAUGGUCUUUCCUUUAUUUUACAAAGUGGAACCCAGAGAAUUGAGAACACCAAGAGGGAGCUAUAGAGAUGCUAUGGUUAAGCAUGAGUCCAAGUAUGGGAAGGAUUCAAAGGAAGUGAAGAGAUGGGAGAAAGCUCUUUCUUAUGCUAGUUACUUGUCCGGAUGGCCUUUGAAAGAUGGAGAUGAGUCAGUGCUUAUACAAAGAAUUGUGACAGAAAUCUCCACUCACCUAGACCGAACACUUUUGCAUGUUGCUAUGCAUCCUGUUGGUAUUGAUUCCCAAGUGGAUAAGUUGAAAUCGAUGUUAAACCUUGAGUCCGAUGACAAUGUUCUCAUGGUGGGAUUGUGGGGACAGGGAGGCAUAGGAAAGACGACUUUAGCCAAAGCCGUUUAUAAUGAUAUUUUCAAUCAAUUCGAGAAUUCAUGUUUUUUGGCGAAUGUUCGAGAAGUUUCAAAUGAUUGCAAAGAUUUAGUUACUUUGCAAGUAGAAUUACUAUUUGAGAUAUUAGCACUGAAAGAAAGAUUAGUAGUGUCCAAUGUUGCUAGAGGUAUUCAUCUAAUACAAGAAAGACUUUGUCGCAAAAAAGUUUUCCUCAUCCUUGAUGAUGUGAAUGACUUGAGCCAGUUACAUGCCUUAGUGGGAGAAGGUAAGUGGUUUCAUAAUGGAAGUAGGAUCAUGGUUACUACAAGAGAUAGCCAUUUGCUAACUUAUCUCGGGAUAGAUCAAGAUCAUGUGUACGAAGUUAAAGAAUUGGAUGACAGUGAUGCUCGUGAACUAUUUAGUAAGCAUGCUUUUCCAACGCACCAAAACUUUAAAAUCAGGACAGAUCUAGUGGAUAGUGUUCUAAAUCAUGCUAAAGGCCUUCCUCUAGCACUUGAGGUAAUGGGUUCCUUCUUACGUGGAAGAAGAGAAUAUGAAUGGGAAAGUGCACUAGAUGAAAUUUCUACGACUCCUAAGAAAGGCAUCAAUGAUGUGCUCAAAAUAAGUUAUGGUGGACUAGAGCCAAAAGUGAAAGAGAUCUUUCUCCAUAUUGCCUGCUUCUUUAAGGGGUGGGAUAAUGAGUAUGUAAAGAAAGUUCUCCACAGUUGCGAUCUUAAUGCGGUAAUAGGAUUAAAAAUUCUCAUGGAGAGGUCCUUGAUAAGAAUUGAGUCUAGGAACAUACAGAUGCAUGACUUGAUUCAAUUGAUGGGUAUGGAUAUUGUGAACCAAGAAAGUGAUGAUCCUGGGAGACGCAGCAGACUAUGGUUGCAUGAUGACAUUGUCGAUGUUCUGUCAAGUGACAUGGGAAAUUGUGCUGUAAAAGCCAUAGUGUUGGACACACUUGAGCCGAUAGAGAUAUGUGUUGAUCCUGAGGCUUUUACAAAAAUGAGAAGGUUGAGAUUGCUCAUUUUGCGCAAUGUGCAUAAUACUUUCCAAGGUCCCAUUUGUCUUCCUAAUGAGCUAAGAUGGUUUCAAUGGGAUGGAGGUGCUCCUUGGAUUCCAAAAUUUUCCUCUGGUCGAAAGAAAUUAGUAGGAUUUCAAAUCAACAAUUGCAGUAUUCCAAUAGCGCCAAAUCAAUUUAAGGACUUCCAAAAUUUGAAGUACAUUUAUUUCAGGGGCUGCGAGUCAUUGGUUCACACACCCGACCUCUCGUGUACUCCGAAUAUCGAGGAAUUGGACUUCAGUAAUUGCAAAAACUUGGUAGAAACCCAUGAGUCCGUUGCAUAUCUUGACAAGUUGCGGGUGUUGAAUUUAAAGGAGUGCUAUGAACUUAGUGUUUUUCCCAAUGUGCUCAAGACGAAAAAUCUGCAAGCUCUCCAUCUUUAUGGUUGCCCGAAAUUUGAAAAGUUCCCUGAUAUUCCACAUAAACUUGAAAGCCUUAAAGAGCUUAGAUUAGAGGGGAUUGCUAUUAAAGAACUUCCUAUAUCAAUAGAAAAUCUCAUUGCUUUGGAAAGAAUGCAUUUGCAUGAAUGCAAGAAUUUGUUAAACCUUCCGUCUAGCAUUUAUAAGUUACAAAACCUUGAAAGCUUGGAAGUUCAAAAUUGCCCGAAUUUAAUUGAGUUUCCAAAGUACAAGGAUUUAGAUGAUCCGUGCAUGAAGACUGGACUUUCAAAUUUGCGCGAAUUAGUCCUUGGGGGAUGUAAUCUAUCCGAAGUAGAGUUUCUUGAGAAUCUUUCCUGUUUUCCCCUCUUGGAAGACUUAACUUUGACGGAGAGAAAUAUUACAACACUUCCUACAUCCAUCAGUAAGCGUGAUCAUUUAUUUGCUUUGUAUGUCGGACACUGCCAUCGAUUACAAGAGAUUCCCGAGCUUCCCCCAUUUUUGAGUUAUCUUUUUGCGGAUGAUUGCAAAUCUCUACAAAAGAAUGAAAAUUUAACCUCAAUUCAUCAUCUUGUCCACAGAGGUUUGGCUGACACGGUUGGCUCACCUAGCAAGUAUUGGCCUGAUUUCAGAAUAGUUCUCCCUGAAGGAGAGAUGCCACAAUGGGCUGUUCCUAUUGAAGAGGGUUCUAUAUCUUUCAUGAUUUCAGAAGACUUGUAUGAGAAAAUUCUUGGAUGGGCAUUUUGCAUCGUUCUUGAUAAUGAUGAACAUAAAGAUGAUUAUCUAUUUGAUAUUGUACCACAUGCUAAUGGAAAAAGGCUGGGUUGCCAUGGACGAGGGUGUGGAUCGUUGGAUUCUAAUCAUAUCUUUGUCGAUUAUCUUUUACCAUAUCAGCUAUGGGAAGUAGUUGAUUUUGCUCAAAUUGAUAGGCGUUAUGUACAAUUUAGUCUAACAGUAUCGGGUAGAGUCGUGAAAGAGUGGGGACUACGAAUAAUGUGCAAGCAACUAGGGAACGAUUUAAAGGUUGAGCUUCGAGAUAAUCAGUUGAUAAAUCCAACUUUACUCUACGAGGUUGGUCAUGAAUCAACAGACUCACCAAUGGGGAGUUCACUUAUGCAUGAGGAUAAUUCGAGCGAAGUAGGUCGACAGGACUCGCAAGAUUGUCAAAUGAGCACCAGGAAACAUAGUCAAAUAGGAUCAAAGAGAAAAUGUGAGUUUACUUCCAUUUGACAAUCUCCCCCUAGGCAAGCUAAUCAAGACGACGUUUACUUCCAUAUUUGACCGAUGGAGAUGAGCAUGGUAAUGCUGGCUGGCUGCAUUUGUAGUAUGGACAAUCGGGAGACUUGCUAAGGAAGCAAUUCGUAGAGUUAAUUUUGCCAGCUACAAUGAGGAAAAUGAUCAGCCCUGGGCGACAACUCGACGAGGGGAGAGAAGCUCGACCACCUUCUCGAAGCUAAUAUCGAGAGGAUGAGUCCGACCGAGAAAAGCAUGCGAAGGUCGUGGCUGGCGAGUCGCGUGAUGAGGCUUGGGCAAACAAGAAGAAGAAGAAGAUCGCAGCAUGCUCUUUUACAUGGGGCGAGCAUGCAAAAAUGGAAAGGGCGCGACGAUGGGUGAAGAUUUGGUCGGAACAUGUGAAUAAAGUGGGGAAUCACCGUGCGGUUUAUCAUCGCGGGAUGAGGAUUUGAUGCGGUGGAGGAGAGAUUGGAAGAGAAGGCACAAAACAGUUCCAUUCCAUGCGAGCAUAAAGGACCAAGAAUACUCCGUGAGUUUCAUCCAUCUUUUGCCUUUCAAUUUUU